AUGUCGAACGAAGAAAGGAAGGCGGACAACAGCGCCGUAACCGAAGUCCUCGUCAGGGAAAUCCAGAACAUUGAUGAAAAUGCAUUCCCCCAGCUAAAAAGCAUUGGAGAAAAUGGUAUGUCGUGUUUUGAAAACUAUUUCUUAGAGCUGUUUCGUCUCCGUGGUGGCAUUGCCGAUUCGCUUGACUUAGUUGAGAACCGUCGUGUUAAGGUGCGAGCGAAAGUCAACAUACCCACUGAACAAUAUCCAUAUGUUAAUUUUGUGGGGAAAUUGCUUGGACCUGGUGGACAAACCCUUCGCGGCAUACAGGAUGAGACGAGGACGAAGAUGGCCAUCCUUGGCGCGGGAUCUCUCAGAGACGAAGCCAAGGAAAAGGAGUUGCUCUCUAGUGGCGACCCUAAAUAUCAGCAUCUGAAACAAAGUUUACAUUUGCAGAUUGACGCCCUUGCGCCCCCCGCUGAGGCAUAUUACAACAUUUCUCACGCUCUCGCUCAGGUCCGGCGUGUGAUGUUACCGGUACGUCUCAUUCCGAACCUAACUCCUCCUUAGGACUCUUCUGGGACACCAGCCCCUCCUUGGGCUGCAGGGCAGGGUACCCCGACCAGGGGGUCUCCUGGUGGCCGUGGUGGACGAGGUCGGGGGUUUGUAAACCAAGCUUCCUAUGUAGCGGCAAUGAAUUUCAAUAACCCUGUCCCUUCGCCGACGGGUCCUCCCAUGCGAGGUAGGGGAGGUAACCGCGGUCGUGGUUGGGCGUCGUGCCCUCCGCCCGUCAAUGGCAACGCUCCACAAAUGCCACCACCGCCACCUCAGCCGAUGCCCACUGCAGGAGCAGAUUGUUAUGGUAAUAGCAUGGAGCCAUACUCUUACCAGGGCCAUACAGGAUACGAGCAAACAGAAUACGACACGACAAGUUAUGAAGAUUAUUCCGGUGCAUAUGGUAGGUUUGAAAUCAGACAAUGCAAUCAUCAUGCUCAAAAUCACAAAAAUAAUCUAACUGUCAAAUUUUCGACCUAGGCCAAACCGAUGCUUGGGGCAAAAUUACCGUCUCUGAUAGUCGCGGCCGUGCGCGUGUCCAUCCAUACGGUCGCCCUGGAGCGAAGGAAGAUACCGCUUGA